AUGUGUUGGCUGAGUCGCAGUCGGGCAGACUGCGACCGUAUCAUAAACCGACCGCCAUUAACACACGGUGUGUCCAAUUUUCUUUACUCGUAUCUCGGAAUUUCUUUCUUUCUUUCUUUCUUUCCAUUUUUAUCAUUCACUAUAAUGGAAUCUCUUUUUCUUUCUUUCUUUUUUCUUUCUUUCUUUCUCAUUUAUCCUAAUGGAAUUCAUUCUUUCUUUCUUUUUGUCUCAUUCAUUCUAAAGGAAUUUCUUUUAUUUCUUUCUUCCUUUCCAUUUUUAUCAUUCGCUCUAAAGGAAUUUCUUUAUUUCUUCCUUUCUCUCUUUCUUUCUUUCUUUCUUUCUUUCUUUCUUUCUUUCUUUCUCAUUCAUUCAAAAGAAAUUUCGUUCUUUUUUCUUUCUUCGUAUAUUUUUCUUUCUAUUUUUCUUGCUUUUCUAUCGCUGUUCAUAACUAUCUAUGUUUCUAUCUCUCUUUGUUCAUAUCUAUCUAUCUAUCUAUCUAUCUAUCUAUCUAUCUAUCUAUCUAUCUAUCUAUCUAUCUAUCUCUGUCUUUUUUGUAUUUCUUUUUUUCUUUCUUUCAUUUAUUUAUAUCUGUCUAUUUCAAUCUGUUUAUAUUUCUUUCUUUCUGUCUUUCUUUCGUAUCUAUCUAUCUAUCUGUCAGUCAGUCUGUUCGCAUCUAUCUAUCUAUCUAUCUAUCUAUCUAUCUAUCUAUCUUCAUAUGUAUCUAUCUCGUUCUUUUUUGUAUUUCUUUCUUUCAUAUAUUUAUAUCGAUCUAUUUCAGGUUGUUUAUAUUUCUUCCUUUCUUUCUUUCCUACAUUUAUAUCUAUCUAUCUAUCUAUCUAUCUAUCUAUCUAUCUAUUUCGGUCUAUUCAUAUAUCUUUCUUUCUUUCUUUCUUUCUUUCUUUUUUCUUUCUUAGUAUAUUCAUAUCUAUCUAUCUAUCUAUGUCAUUUUGUAUUUCUUUCUUUCUUUCUUAUAUUUAUAUCUAUCUAUUUUCAUUUGAUAUCAAUUUUAAACAUCUAUCUAUCUAUCUAUCUAUCUAUCUAUCUAUCUAUCUAUCACUUUGUUCAUAUCUAUUUAUCUAUCCAUCUAUCAGUUUGUUCAUAUCUAUCUAUCUAUCUAUCUAUCUAUUUUUUUAG